AUGUCCAGCGUGCAGUGUCCCUUCUCGUUGCUCCUAGCGUUGCUGCUCUGCUCCUGGCUCGUGCAUCCGUCGCAAGCAUUCAAGCUGCAUGGCGGCUACGACGAGGAGAAGGUGCCGCUGAGCUUCAUAGUGGCGGACCCAACGCCCGUGAUGUCGCCGCUCGCCGCGCCCCCGCCCGUGACCGGCGCCAACGACGACGACGACGGCAUGAAGCCGAGGCUGCCGACGGAGCGCUGGAGGCGCGGCCACGGCGGCGAGGUACGGCGCCACGCGCACGCUCCCGCGCUCGCGCCGUCGUCGUCGUCGGGCCCUGCCCCUGCGGCGAGUGCGCCAGCCUCGGCCGACGCGCCGGCGCCGGACUCCGGGAGCGGCGCCCCGUUCAUCGAGAGCAGCCCCGCCGUGCCGGUCCCGCGCGGCGUCAGGGACACCGCCACCAUCCUGCCAAUGCCCGCACCAGGCGUCAAGCGCCAGGACGUGGGGAGAGCUGCUUUUGUUCGACCUGGUGUGGUGGUAGGGCUUAUUACCAUCAUGGCGUCUUUAGGAGCUUUAUGCUAGACUAGAUCUUCGUCUUCUUUCAUCUCUAGGAGUAGUAGCAGCCAGUCUAGCAGAUUUGACGGAGCUUUAUUUCUUUUUCUUCUUCCUUUCUCGCUGUACGUCUUUCAGUAUACCUGCUCUAAUCCUCUGUAAACAAAGCUCGUCUUCCUUU